UCUUGUCACUCGCUGUCAAAUCUGUCAAUGUCAAACUAGUAAAUAAUAAAUAUGGCACCCAAGCUGAAAUUUGCGGAAGGUGAAAAAGUACUGUGUUUCCACGGACCCCUGAUUUACGAAGCAAAAUGCCUCAAAAGCUCUGUAACAAAGGACAAGCACGUUCGGUAUCUUAUUCAUUAUGCAGGGUGGAACAAGAACUGGGAUGAGUGGGUUCCAGAAAGCAGAGUAUUGAAGUACAAUGAAGCCAAUGUACAACGCCAGAAAGAAGUGCAGCGAGCUCAUUCGGCACAGCCAGCCAAGACGAAGAAAACGCCAGCCAAAGGGCGGAAGUCAGAAGCCGCGGCCAGCGCCACCCCGGCUCGGGAGGAGUCUCGAGCUUCUACUCCUGCUGGUAAAGAAGUUGAGACGACACCAACUCCUGCCAAGGCCACCAAGACUCAGAGCAAAGACACUCCUGCUGACUCCGGCUCUGAUCAGCCUAAGAAGAAACGUGGCCGCCUCGACUUGUCGAUAGAAUCAGAAGAGCAGUAUCUAGCAAAGGUUGAGGUGAAAAUCAAAAUUCCGGAGGAGCUCAAGGUGUGGUUGGUGGAUGACUGGGACGUCAUCACAAGGCAGCAGAAGUUAGCCAUACUCCCCGCAAAACUGACCGUAGAACAAAUUGUGGACAAUUAUUUAGCUUUUAAGAAGUCUAGCAAAUCUCAUAAUCAGGCUAAGGAGUCUGUGUUGCUGGACAUAACUGAAGGCAUAAAAGAAUAUUUUAAUGCUACACUGGGGUCUCAACUUCUGUAUAAGUUCGAGAGACCUCAAUACAGUGAAAUUUUGCAAGAGUACCCUGAUACUCCUAUGGCUCAGAUAUAUGGGGCUAUUCAUCUGUUGAGGCUGUUUGCAAAAAUGGGGCCAAUGUUAGCUUACACUGCGUUGGACGAGAAGUCCUUACAACACGUGUUGACGCACAUCCAAGACUUCCUAAAGUAUGUGGUUACAAACCGCUCCACUCUUUUGAACCUGCAAGACUACGGUAAUGCCACCCCUGAGUACCAUAGAAAGAUCCAAUGACUAUUUUUAUGACAUAAACUUAGUAUAAUUCCUUGACUCCUAGGAAACGUAGAUUUUAAGUGAUUUAUCUCGUUUUAAGUUCCAUUUGAUGUGCAU